AAGAGUAUUUGCCCGACGUUCUCGUUUAGGUUUUGGCUCUCGCGAGAACAAUUGAAGCCGGAAACUCCACGUCGGUGAUUUGAGCUGGGAGCGGACCCAGGCAAGUUGGGUGGCCUGAGCAGCCGACGAGGGAGCCAGCGCUAUGCCUCUCCGACUUGAUAUAAAGCGGAAACUAACAGCUCGAUCUGACCGAGUGAAGAGUGUGGACUUGCAUCCCACAGAACCAUGGAUGCUGGCUAGCCUUUACAAUGGCAGUGUUUGUGUUUGGAACCAUGAAACACAAACAUUGGUGAAGACUUUUGAAGUAUGUGACUUACCUGUCAGAGCAGCUAAAUUUGUAGCAAGAAAGAACUGGGUUGUUACAGGAGCUGAUGAUAUGCAAAUUAAAGUUUUCAACUAUAAUACUUUGGAAAGGGUACAUAUGUUUGAAGCACACUCAGAUUAUAUUCGCUGCAUUGCUGUGCAUCCUACACAGCCUUUCAUUCUAACUAGCAGUGAUGACAUGCUUAUUAAACUAUGGGAUUGGGAUAAAAAAUGGGCCUGUUCUCAAGUGUUUGAAGGGCAUACUCAUUAUGUAAUGCAGAUUGUCAUAAAUCCCAAGGACAAUAACCAGUUUGCUAGUACGUCUCUGGAUAGAACAAUCAAGGUGUGGCAGCUUGGCUCUUCUUCACCCAACUUUACUUUAGAAGGGCACGAGAAAGGUGUAAAUAGUAUUGAUUAUUACAGUGGAGGUGAUAAGCCUUACCUAAUUUCAGGAGCAGAUGAUCGUCUUGUUAAGAUCUGGGAUUACCAGAAUAAAACGUGUGUGCAAAUUCUGGAGGGACAUGCACAGAAUGUUUCUUGUGUCAGUUUUCACCCUGAACUUCCUAUUAUCAUCACUGGCUCUGAAGAUGGAACUGUUCGCAUCUGGCAUUCAAGCACUUAUCGUCUAGAAAGUACUUUGAAUUAUGGCAUGGAACGUGUGUGGUGUGUUGCAAGCCUAAGAGGAUCAAACAAUGUGGCCCUUGGAUAUGAUGAGGGUAGCAUCAUUGUCAAACUUGGUCGGGAAGAGCCAGCCAUGUCAAUGGAUGCAAAUGGAAAGAUUAUUUGGGCCAAGCAUUCAGAAAUUCAGCAAGCUAAUCUCAAAGCAAUGGGAGAUACAGAAAUCAAAGAUGGGGAGAGGCUACCGCUUGCUGUGAAAGAUAUGGGCAGCUGUGAAAUAUAUCCUCAAACUAUUCAGCAUAAUCCGAAUGGGCGAUUUGUAGUAGUAUGUGGGGAUGGUGAAUACAUCAUUUAUACUGCUAUGGCACUGAGAAACAAGAGCUUUGGCUCUGCUCAGGAGUUUGCAUGGGCACAUGAUUCUUCUGAGUAUGCAAUCAGAGAAAGCAACAGCAGUGUCAAGAUAUUUAAAAACUUCAAAGAGAAGAAAUCCUUUAAACCUGAUUUUGGAGCAGAAGGUAUAUAUGGUGGUUUCUUAUUGGGUGUCCGAUCUGUCAAUGGUUUGGCAUUUUAUGACUGGGAAAAUACAGAACUGGUACGCAGAAUUGAAAUACAACCCAAACAUAUUUUUUGGUCUGACUCGGGUGAACUUGUCUGCAUUGCUACAGAAGAAUCAUUCUUCAUUCUGAAAUACCUUUCUGAAAAAGUUGCAACCGCACAAGAUACACAUGAGGGAGUCACUGAAGAUGGCAUUGAAGAUGCCUUUGAGGUCCUUGGUGAAAUUCAAGAGAUUGUGAAAACAGGACUUUGGGUGGGAGAUUGUUUUAUUUAUACAAGCUCUGUGAACAGACUAAACUACUAUGUUGGAGGAGAAAUUGUGACUAUUGCACACUUGGACCGAACAAUGUAUUUAUUAGGGUAUAUCCCUAAAGACAACAGACUUUACCUUGGUGACAAAGAAUUAAAUAUAGUGAGUUAUUCCUUACUAGUCUCAGUGCUAGAAUAUCAGACUGCAGUCAUGAGGAGAGACUUCAGUAUGGCGGACAAAGUUCUCCCUACAAUUCCAAAGGAACAGAGGACCAGAGUUGCACACUUCCUUGAGAAACAGGGUUUCAAACAGCAAGCACUUGCCGUAUCAACAGACCCUGAACAUCGUUUUGAGCUUGCUCUUCAGCUUGGUGAGCUUAAGAUUGCAUAUCAACUUGCAUUGGAAGCAGAGUCUGAGCAGAAGUGGAAGCAGCUAGCUGAACUUGCUAUCAAUAAGUGCCAGUUUGGCCUUGCCCAAGAAUGUCUGCAUCAUGCACAAGACUAUGGUGGCUUAUUGCUUUUAGCCACAGCUUCAGGAAAUACUAGUAUGGUGAACAAGCUAGCUGAAGCAGCAGAAAAAGAUGGCAAGAACAAUGUAGCAUUUAUGAGCUACUUUCUGCAAGGAGAGCUUGACCAUUGUCUUGAACUUUUGAUUAAAACUGGACGGUUACCAGAAGCAGCUUUCUUAGCACGAACAUAUUUGCCAAGUCAAGUUUCAAGGGUUGUAAAACUAUGGAGAGAAAAUCUUUCUAAAAUCAAUCAGAAAGCUGCUGAAUCCCUAGCUGAUCCCACAGAGUAUGAAAAUUUGUUCCCUGGAUUGAAGGAAGCAUUUGUUGCUGAAGAAUACAUAAAAGAUUCCCAAACCAUAUCGCGGCCAGCCAGUGAAUACCCGCUAGUUACUCCAAAUGAAGAAAGAAAUAUCUUGGAAGAAGCCAAAGAUUUCACACUGCAAAACAAAAUUUCAGAGGAACCAGAAGAUGAAUCAGUCCCAUCUCCUAGGCCUGUAAUAGCGCCUCCAGUUACUGGAAAAGUUUCAGUUGAGAUCAAAGAUGAAAAGGUUUUACUGGACCUAGAUGUAGAUCUGGAUAACUUGGAAUUGGAGGAUAUUGAUACCACUGAUAUUUUUCUGGAUGAAGAAAUGUCUGACUGAACUUUUAAACUGAUGCGCAUUCUUACACCUAGUUAUGCUUGACAAUGUAGUCUUCUUGUUGAAAAGUGGCUCUUUUUUAUAUUUAAGAUGAAAAUAAAUAGGGACCGUCUUUUACAUUACAGAUAUAGAUUUCCCCAUUGUGAUGUAGGUUUCCUUAGAUUCCUCAAUUCUCCAAUAAAUGUCUUUUGGAUUCCCUCA